AUGCAGAGAUCCUUCUCCUGCCUCCUGGAGCACAGCCGGAGCCGUGGCUCUGACCUGCUGCUCAGUGCCUCCUACCUGGAGAUCCACAAUGAGCAGGUCCGGGACCUGCUGAGCCCGGGGCCACCAUGUGCCCUGCCCCUGCGGUGGAGCAAGACCCGUGGCUUCUAUGUGGAGAAUCAGCUCAGUGUGGACUUUGAGAGCCUGGAGGCCAUCGCUGAUCUGCUCCUGCAAGGAUCCCAGAGGCGACGGACCUCAGCCCAUGCCCUCAACAAGCACUCGAGCCGCAGCCACGCUCUCCUGACCAUCCACAUCCGCAGCCGGGCUGUGAGCACCAAUCCUGCUCUGGGCACCACCUGCCCCAGCAAGCAGGGCACACUGUGCUUCGUGGACCUGGCUGGCAGCGAGCGAGUGAAGGAGACCGGCUCCAGUGGGGAGCUCUCCGUGGAGGCCAACAACAUCAACCGCAGCCUCCUGGCACUGGGACACUGCAUCUCUCUGUUGGCCAAACCCCGAGGGAAGCGGAUGCACAUUCCCUACCGGGACAGCAAACUCACCCGGCUGCUGGCCCGUUCCCUGGGCGGCUCGGGGGUCACCCUGAUGGUCGCCUGCAUCUCCCCAUCCUCGCGCUGCCUCUCGGAGACGCUGAGCACACUGCACUAUGCCAGCAGAGCCCGAAGGGUCACCACCAGGCCCCUGGUCAAUCGGGUGUCCCGGGAGAAGCUGCUGCAAACCCUGGAGCAAGAAAUCCAUGCCCUGCAGCUGGAAAACCUCUCCCUGCGCCAGCAGCUGUGCCUGCCCAGGCAGCUGCUCCUCACCUCCAGCCAGCCCGGCUGCCCAGGCUGCACCCAGGGCUGCCCCAAGCUGGCUGAUGCCAUCAUGUCCCAGGUGCUGCCAGGGCCCCCCGCACCACAACCAGUCCCCCCUGAGGGAAAUGCCACCGUCCUGCUGCCCAGCCAGGACGCGGUUCUACCCGGCUCCAACCAGCUCCCCAGGCACCCUCAGCCCCAGCAGGGAAAGCGGAGCCAGGGCAGGAGCAGGAGCUCUUCUCAGCGGCCCCCGCUGCCCCGGGAGCUGCCAGGUCCCGAGCUCUGCCUCAGCCCCGAGGGAAGGGUCAUCCCUUCAGCACCACCGUGGCCAGGACUGCCAGAGCCCCGAGCGGCCGGCACCGUCCCUCUCUUCCAGUGGGAAGAGGUGCCAGACUGGCUGGCAGAGCAGAUCUGA